AUGGCUCUCAUGGUUAACGACCCUAAUACCGCUAUACUACCGAACUUCAGGACUGCUGAGCACAAAGCAGCCAGAAAUCAACUUAUAGCCAACGGCGUCGCUGACGAUGCCCAAGCGGCAGAACUUCUAGCAAUGUUAUGGACCAUAAACAAUAACGCAGAUAGAGAAUGUUGGGCUGAACAAAUCGAAGAAGCUGCCAGAGACGCAGAAGAGGCCCAGCGUCUAGCAGCCGAAGAGGAACAAGAACACCAUCAAGCCUUAGAGGAAGAACAGGAAGCAGCUCGCAAGGAAGAACAAAAGAAAAACAAGUCCAAGUUCGUCCCCAUCGGCAACUCCAAAGUUCCCUCUGUCCUGGUCGUCAUUCCUUCUCACUAUGCCGUGCGCAAAUUGAAAGCGGGAGAAUAUUGUGAACUAUAUUAUUUCACUAACAAGGGUUUGAAGGAUGCUAAGAAGACUUUACUCUCCACCGAAGCACCAAGACUAAUGUUAACAACAAACGCAGAAGGACAACAAACCUGGGUCAACGCCGACGAAACACGCGACCCCAAAGCUGUCGUCACCAAGGACGAGAAUCUGUCUUGGGAACAUUUUAACGAAGCCGCCCCGCGUAUGAUAACGGCCAUGAAACAGCAUGGAUGGCCAGAGGACAGACACUUCAAAAUCACCGCUGGAGACACGCCUUCGACACUCUAA